AUGAUUCCGCACCGAAGCACAGGUCUUUUGGCCAUUAUUGUUUUUGUUGCGCUCCUCCUGUUCAUCUUCUCGUCCUCUCCCAUCCCUGAUCCCGCCGCCGAAACCGAAGGCGAAAAAGGACCAAAAGAGCCUUCAGGGCCACGAAAAUUCAUCUCCGUCCCGAGCCUUCCAUCGCUCCCCGAAAUCCAUCUGCCCUCGUUUCGCCCUCCUUCGCACGAAGCUCCGCCCGAACAAACGAACAGCACAAGCGGCGAGUCCAAGUGGUUCUCGAAUUGGGAAUGGCUAAACCCAUUUUCGUCCACUAUCACUCUCGAUGAGGACCGAUCCGUCCUUCCGCCAUUGCCCGAACGACGAGCAAUCUACACCUAUUAUAAUCCAAAGUAUAACCCGAAGAAAUACUCUGCGAAUGAUCUAAAGGAGAACCAAAAGUCUGAUGGGGAGCUGCUCCUGGCCUGGCGCCGAGCUUGGUUUGCACAGGGCUUCCGUCCUGUGGUCCUGGGACCUGGCGAUGCGAUGAAAAAUCCUCAUUAUGAAUUGGUGCAGAGGCUUCAUUUAACUCCAGAGAUGGAAAAUGAAGUAUUCCGAUGGCUGGCGUGGGGUCACAUGGGAACUGGUCUGUUGGCUGACUUCACCUGUUUCCCCAUGGCACGGUAUGACGAUGAGCUCCUUUCGGCUCUUCGCCGGGGCACAGAGCCCGAGUUUAUCACACGAUUCGAGAAUUUCCAGGGCGGUCUCUUCUCAGCAGAAAAGCACCGCAUCGAUGAGGCAAUUGAUAUCAGUGUGAAGAAACUGGCCGACAAGUCGACCUCUCUCUCUGAGUUGAUGCCGGUAGAAUUGUUCAAGAUCCGGCAGCCAAGUUCACUGGCAUACUACAAAGGAUCCAACAUAAAUUCGCGCUAUCCGGAGGUCCACGAGAAGAUCAGCCAGAGCCCUGCCAAUGGCCGUCUUCAGCUUGUGCAGCUGAUCAAUGCCCAUCUCCACAAUACCUUCCAGAACGCCUAUCCGGCGGGUCUGGCUGUGCUUAAGCCCUUCCCGCAACACACGACCGCCCUUGUGGAACCUGCUCUCCGACUGGCGAAGUCUCUUAUCCAAUGCCCUGAGUCCCCGGUCCCUAGUUCUUGCCCCCCUAAUAUCCCCGAGUGCCGGCCCUGUGGCUCCGCAAAGCGACCCAUGCGCAUCAGCCAGCCCACGAGCUUCAAGAAUACGCCUUUCCUCUUUACCAUCGGCACUCUGCCUCACCCUUACACUCUCGUUACUCUACAAAAGAGCUCCGACGAAGUCACCGUGCGGCAAAUUCGUCGUGAGACCGAACGGGACCCAUGGCUGACCGAUGUGACCCAAGAUCAUCUGAGUGAGGACGGACAAGAACUGAGCGCCUCAUACCGGGGUGUGAUGUUUAAGCAGUUCGUCGCUGGCGAUCAGGCCGUGUCUAAUUCUCUCUGGAUGACGGUCGAGUCGCUGCCCGCUGAAGCCGGUCAAAGUCUUCCGUCGGAGCUCCUGGAUGAGUUUGAGUGGCAAUUUGGAUUCAAGAUUCCCCGCGGAGGCACCAUUGAUCCCAACGCCCCGGGCGAUAAGGAGAGUGUGCAGGAUAAGACCCCGAGCCAGCAGGGUGUCGCUCGCGAGUACGAACUGAUCAAGAAGGCCCGAGAGGCGAUCAAGAGCCAAGAUCCCAACCGGGUCAACAUCAAGGCCGUCUCCGAAGCCUGGAAUAUGGCGGACACCGAGGUGUGGCGAUUUGUUAAAGCGUAUCGUGCCCGAAGUGUGGUCGAGCGCAAGCAGUGGGAGGAAGAAGAGAAGGCGUUUGCGAGCUCGCAGUGA